GGGUGGCUACUGCAUUAGUUCGACCUUUUUUCACAGUGGCUCAUUGGCUUGGAGUUCCAAAACUCCUCUACAUGUUCUCCUUUCACACGCACACUUUGUGAAACACAGCCUCCGAAGUCCAACCAUUUUAAUGAUUUCAAGAACCUUCUGCUGCUCCUUGUUCUUCAAUCCGUAUUUUCAUCGUUUCAUAAGAAAAUCUUACUAGUCACUGAUUUUCAUAGAGGCCGAGGGUAGAGCAUGUCAAGGAUAUGGGCAAAGUUUGCGGGGAUGCUGAGCAACAGGAGUUUGGUAGGGGUAGAUAAAACUGGGAAUCGAUACUUUACCAGAAAGGAGGAGAUUGAUGGUUUUAUGAAAGAGAAAAGGUGGGUGGUAUUUAAAGGAGAGCAUGAUCCAACCUCCAUCCCAGUUGAAUGGAUAUGCUGGUUGAAUGGACAACGGAAAAGUGCACCAACGUCUGAGGAGAUGGCCGAACUAGAUGCUAGAAGGGAGCGUCUUAAACUUAAUGUUGCUCGUAUGAAGGAGGAAGAGGAACGACUAGCCAGGGAAGGGAAGAUCAAGAAAUCAAGUGUGGGUAAACUUGCUGGUCCAGACCUGAAACAUUUUGUCGGGCAAUUUACCGAUGCCUCUAAAGGUUAUACAGCUGCAGAACCCUCUAAUGCACAAGACGAAAGCAGAUCAGUGUCUGCUUUUAGAACCAGUUUGUAUAUAUGAUUGCAGACAAAAAGCAAACGUGGAGGAAAGUCCACAUAACAUAAAAGAACAACCUGAGUCUUCAGAGCCAUCUGGAUCCGGAGAAUCCUUCAGACCAGGAACAUGGCAACCUCCUAGUUGAUAUGGUGAGAAUAGCAUGAAAGAUUCAAGUGUUCCUGAUUCACCAACUACUAAAAUGACAUGAUGGAUGACUCCAGCAAGGAUAAAAUUAUUGGUGGACAUUUCGAUGUUGGAAAUCUUUGGAAGAAGAACUACACUUUGUAUUUUUUUUUAAAUAAUUUAUAAGUUAAAUGAGAUAUUGCCAGUAUAUUAGAUGUAUUUUCUAAUACAAAAUGUUUUCAGAGACAAAUUACGAAAUUAUGAUUGAAUUUUCAGAAAUAUCGGAAUACUUAUACCAUGGAUAUUUGGAUCAAUUGGACGUUAGCAUGGACCCGCCCCGGUCCUGGUUCUGGGCCGAGACAGGAUGAUCAGCCAACAAAUUGGGAGAUUCGGGGCCAACCUGCUAUAACCGAGUCCCGAACCGUGUUGGGACAGACAUUGGGUAGACCCGCCGGUCUGGUCCCGGUUUCGGGCAUUUUUUUUUCAAAUUGCCCAGUAGUUAGUUUUAAAUUUUAAUAUAAACAAAGGUGUAUAUACAUUAAAAAACAGAAGUGUAUGUAAUACAUAUAAUUAUUUAUGUAAACAAGUAAUUGCUAAAAAAUCUAUGUAAAGAACAAUACAAAAUAUUUAGAAAUUAUUUACUCUUAGGAGCUUCGAAGU